UUGUAACAAAGUAUUUUUCACUGAGUGGUGUUGCUACUUUAAAUAAGUAAAAGUACUUCUUCCAUCGUUGCUUACUGGACGACCUUAACGGCCUCUGCAGACAAUGGCUUGAUUAAAAUGAACCAUUGCAGCAGGAGGAUUGGUUUAGCGUGGGCAAAUAAUCUGCACUUCAUAAACCGGUGAAGAAUAAUACGAAGCUAUAACAAACAACUUCAGUUCAGAGAAGCAAAGAUGUCAUCCUGGUUAUUUUGCAACAGCCUGAUGCUUCUUACUCAAGACUUAACUGUAUGAUGCUUUAAAGGUGUUUGUGUGAUUUUGGAGAGGUCUUUUGCAAUGUGCUCCUUAACCAACAUGUGAGGAAAAUAGCUGUUGUCAGCCUUUUUCUAUGAGCUUUUGACCCAAACAACAGUAUCACUUAAUGCAGAAAAUGCAUAAUUGCAGAUUUUUUUAUUCUUUUUGCGCAAUGUGCACGUUCCCUAAAAUCAGUUUAAUGUCUCUCUGUUUCAACAUCUCUAAUGCUUGGCCUACUUCUCUGUUUCUGCCUCUGAAAAUACACAAACAUGAUCCAACUCUCCCCAGUUCACUUUAAACUUUACUUGCCAAAAUAUGAUACUUAGUGUGCCUCUUCAAUAAUACAACCCAUAGCAACUCAUGAUAAUUAAAGGAACAGUGCGUAGCAGAAGUGUAAUAUAAUAUUAUUAGGUUUGUUUUCUUUAGUGUAUAACAUAGACUGUAUAUAAGAAGUGGACAUGGUCAUCGUGGCAUCAUCAAUCGGCUUGUGGACUGCUGUUUUGAAGCAUCGGGUCUGAUGUUUUGGCCGUCGCCAUCUUGGCUUUUUUGCAACCAGUGAACAGAAGUGACCAUAUUUGGACAGCGGAGGACUGAUGUAUUGACGCUGUGUAUGACUCUGGUGGAUAGAUAGAUAGAUAGAUAGAUAGAUAGAUAGAUAGAUAGAUAGAUAGAUAGAUAGAUAGAUAGAUAGAUAGAUAGAUAGAUAGAUAGAUAGAUAGAUAGAUAGAUAGAUAGAUAGAUAGAUAGAUAGAUGCAGUGGACACACAUUUCCUUAGGUUUCAUUCAAUUACAAAAUUAGAGGUUACUUCACCGCUCGAUCUUAUGUCAAAUAAAAUCUGAUACAAAAAGGUUCCUUUUGUGAACCACAACUCAAGUUUUUCUUAGUCCUCCAGCAAAAAGAAAUCAACAGAAAUGGAAGUAAUUUUACUAAAGAGUAAAUCCCAUCAUGUCCUCGUAGACAGUAAAUCAAAAGGUGCACCUCAUUAACAAUUUCCCAGGUAGAGACUUGUCAAUCACAAGGUAGCCCCGCCCUAAAGCAUAAUGGAGCAUAAUUUACUAAAUGAACAUCAUGCUGUAUUGAAGAAGACUUGAAACUAGAGAUUGAGACCAUAAACUCAUGUUUACAAUGUUUACUGAGGGAAUAAAUCAAGAGAGAAGUAGAGUCAUUUUCUCAUAGACUUCUAUACAAUCCAUCUUCUUUUUGCAACCAGAGUAAAAAAUGCAAGUUUAAGACACUUUAGCAUUGGCUUCACGCUUCAGAACAGGAGGUUGCCACCUGGUGUGUAAUCUCCUAAAAAUAAGAAUCAUUGUGUUUGUGUUAGAUCGGGUUAUUUGCGUUUUUCGUGUAGUAUUCCUACACGCUUACACUUCUCCUACAAGUUUCAGUUGGUUGCAAUCUGCAACCGACCACCAGAUUCUGCACACUGGCCCUUUAAGUAGUUACACAAUCUGAGGGGUUUUGAUAAUCACUAAUGAUGGAUGAUGUGGUGCAGAGAACACUACAACGUGGAUUGUUUUACCUAAGUAAAAGUACCAACAGUGUAGAAAUACAAGUACAAGUACAAGUGACAAGUAAAAUACUUUAUAGACUGCUGGGUAGCUUUACUUAAACAUCAGAAUUUAUUAAAAUGAGUGCUGAUAAUUCGAAUUAAUGCUGUCAAAUGUAGUAAAGUAAAAAGGAAUUUUUAUUUUGAAAAAUGCACUUUUCUUGCAAAAAUCAAAAGUGAUACAAAGUGAUACCUUAAAUUUACAAAAUAUAUUUACAAAACAUGUAUCUUAUGUCUAAAACUGUGUUUUUUGGAGGUUAUGCUAGCUUGUGAUGCUACAGUAACUUCCUGUUUAUAUGUUUGAUUGCUCUUGAUUGGACUGAUGUUUUCUAGAAACUGAUUCACACAUUCCUAAAGUGUUUACGAGCUACUUUUGUUAGAUUUCAAUGGUGUAAUCUGAUUUAGUAAAUUACUAUUUUUAAACUUUAAAACUAGUAGUUUGUAAGAAAUUUGGAAAAACGUUACGUUGAAAUGAAGGAAUUGGUUUAUUUAUUGCUUCUGAUCUUGAGGAGCGUUGAAUUGUGAAAAUCUAGUUUUAAGACUCCAAUUCUUUCAGCUGAUACUUUGCUUUUCAAAAUUAAAUAUUUUUUGUGUUCAUGGUAAUGUCAGUCAGUGAGGCUCAUUGAUGUGUUUUUAAUAGUUUUUGGACAAUAGAGCUCUAUUGUACAGAGGAAUAAGAUACAUCCUCUUUUGGUUACAAAGACUUGUAAUACUUAUUAGGAUCAAUUCAUCGUUGAUUCUUUUGGCUUUUCAUUGGACUUCUGGACAAUUAUUAUCGACCUAUUCUCCUUUGUUUUGUUUGCCUUUUCAGCAACAAUAUUAUAUUCCUGAGAAUGCAAAGUUCAUUCGUUAUCUAAUCUAACCAGGAAGUUGUGUCCCAUAUCAUCCGUCUGGCGGUGAAUUAUAAACAGGAACAUUUUCAAAUUUUAUUGUUUUAUCUCUGUUAUUCGGGGGAAUUGACAGUAAACAGCAAGUACACGAGACACAUUUUCAAAACCAAAGGUAGCCAAUAAAAGUCAGACAUGUUUGGAUUGUUUUAAUGCACAUUCGACCAAUGUUGUGAUGCAUCCUGUAAUCAGAUUUGGUCAAAAUGUAGUUUAAAGACCUCCAUUCUUUCAGUUGAUACUGUGCUUUUCUGAAUAAACUACAGUGUGUGUUCAUGGUAAUGAAGGAAUAUGUCAAUAAGUGCAACAGUGUGGCUCAUUGGUGGCCUUUUUGAUGAUUUUUUGGCACAGUGGAAGAAAAAAAUCAAGCUUUAAUUACAGAGACAAUACUUAAUAGUAGGAUCAUUGAUUUUGGUCUUUAUUAUUGGAUUUCCAGAAAAUUUGAGCAACACAAGCCAAGUGCAAUAUACGUCCUUUAUAUUUGAGAGAGUCAAAUGUGUCAUUUCCCCGGCACAUUCUUUGAAACCCUUUAACCUCUUGAUGCUGGAAUAGUAUUUACUGUAAUGUGGAUUUUUAGCUUAGCUCAGGUUUAUUUAGAUCAAACUUUAAUAUUGUUCAAAGUUCCGGAUCGCUGUUUAGCGGAAAACAACCUUAUCUACAUACAAGAACAAAGACCAGUCACGUGUCGUUUAUCAUCAAUAAACGACGGCCUGUGCAGUGAUAAGAGAUGCACAUAAAUAUCCCUGUGUGGUCAACAUCAAGUCAUAUUCACCAACAGAACAUAUACAGCGGCUCCUCGUCUUCUUCUGAGUCCAUUUUGCAAGUCAAGGUAUGUUGAAGUUGAAUUAUGAUGCUUUUAAAAACAUAGUUUCUUCUUUGCCAGCAGUUAUUCUUCUUAUAACAGUUGAUUCAUUUGUGUGCACUUUGGAUAUUGAACUUCUGGAACACAUAUUGUUAUAAAUUUCAAGUUGAAGGUUAAUCCUUCAGUGUAUAUCUAUCAUUGACUCUCUUGUUUGUCUCAACCAGAACAAUGAAACACAGUUCAGUUCUGCCUCUGCUUCUCCUCCUGGGGACGUGCUCGGCCUACACCUAUCAGAAUGUGGCCUUGCGUGGAAAAGCAACUCAGUCAAACCAUCAUGCAGACGGAUUUGCCCAAAACGCUAUCGACGGAAAUCGUGAAUCUAACUACGGGGCGGGAUCGUGCACCCACACUGUUGAACAGACCAACCCCUGGUGGAGAGUGGACCUGCUGGAGUCCUACAUCGUCACCUCCGUCAUCAUCACCAACAGAGGGGACUGCUGCGCCGAAAGGCUCAACGGGGCAGAGAUUCACAUCGGCAACUCUCUACAGGACGAGGGUGCCGCAAACCCAGUGGUUGGUGUGAUUACUCAUAUCCCAGCAGGCAGGUCUUUAAAGAUCACUUUUACCAAACUUGUGGAGGGACGUUAUGUGACCGUGGUGCUACCUGGUUCAAAAAGAAUCCUCACACUCUGUGAAGUGGAAGUCUACGGGUACCGUGCUCCGACUGGAGAGAACCUGGCUAUCCAAGGAAAAGCCACUCAGUCGUCGCUGCAUUCUACAGGCAUCGCCUAUAAUGCCAUAGAUGGGAAUCGCGCCACCGUCUGGGACCAGGCUUCUUGUUCUCACACAGUCGGAGAGUUAAACCCCUGGUGGCGACUGGACCUGGGCAAGACCCAUAAAGUGUUUUCUGUCAACAUAACCAACUACAUGGAUCCUAAUUUACAACUAAUCGGAGCUGAGAUCCGUAUUGGAGAUUCUCUUGUAAACAGUGGCAACAGCAAUCCCAGGUGUGCUGUGAUCUCAAGAAUCGCCCCAGGUUUCACCGAAAACUUCCAGUGUAACAGGAUGGACGGUCGCUACGUCAACAUCGUCAUUCCUGGAAGAAGUGAGGCGCUGAUCCUGUGUGAGGUGGAGGUGUACGGCUCCAGACUGGAUUAGGUUCACGAUAAAUCAACACAUCAAAUUCAACUUUAUCAUAUUCAAGAAGGGGAGGAUUCACUUCAGGACUGUUGUAUUAGAAUGCAUUAUUUUUAGCAAGGUAUACCAAAAAAACUGGAAACUGUUUGUAUCUUUAAAUGAACCAGACAAAAACACAAGAUAAUAAGUCAAACUAAGACUCCCAAAGUGC